UCACGCGUUUACCGUCAUAUACACACACCUCCUUCCUUUCCCUUCUCCUCUAAAACCCCACCUCCCUUUUCUCUUGAUUCCUUCUUCACUUUUCUCAAUAAUUCCCCUGUCCCUCCUUCCCUCCAUCCAUUCCACUUCCCUUCAAUUCCACGCCAAUUCCCCCCCUCCUGUUCAUAACUGUAUUCUCCUUCCAAAUUUCUUCAAAAAAAAAAAUAAAUAAAAUUGCCGCAAUGCCUUCUACCACCGUCCCGCCACCGCCAACUGAAAUACUAAACCAAACAACCACCCUUCUUUCCAACCUCCUUCCCGCUACUUUAUCAAUCAAUUCCUUCACUUCCCGCUGGCAAAUCCUCCGUACAAAGCUCGCAUCUCUCAAAUCCUUACUCUCCGAACUCACCUACUCCACUCACUGGGCCGAAAACGAGCUCCUGUUAACUCUACUCCCUAACCUUUUAUCCACUUUACACCGCAUCCAAACACUCUGUAACCGCUGCACCGACCCUAACUACACUUCCGGCAAGCUCUUAAUGCAAAGCGAUCUCGACAUGGCUACAAACUGGCUCUCCAAACAAACUAACGAUCUCGAUUUAUUACUCCGGUCCGGCGUCUUACGUCACACUAACGCCAUCGUCUUGUCACAACCUACACCUGGAUCUUCAAAAGAAGAUUUGUGUUUUUUUAUCCGUGAUCUUUUUACUAGGCUACAGAUUGGCGGUUUGGAGUAUAAACGAAAAGCACUUGAUUCAUUGAUUCUGUUACUUACUGAUGAUGAAAAAUCGGCUUCUAUUGUUGCGAGUGAAGGAAAUAUCGGUUACUUGAUUACUUUGUUUGAUACUAAUACUCACCGAGAUCAAGCUCUCUCCGCUAUUUCGAUAUUAGCUUGUGCGGGCGAUCAGUCUCGCAAAACGGUUUUCGAACAAGGCGGAUUAGGUCCGUUGUUACGAAUUGUGGAAUCGGGUGCGGCGCAUCUUAAGGAAAAAGCUUGUAUGGCGGUUGAAGCUAUAACUUCGGAUUCCGACAACGCUUGGGCGGUUUCUGCUUACGGCGGUGUUCCGAUUCUUUUGGAUGUUUGUCGUACUGGUUCUUUGGCGGCAAAGGAUCACGCAAUUGGCGCAAUUAGGAAUGUGGCGAAUGUGGAAGAUAUUCAAAUCUCGUUAGGUGAAGAAAACGGUUUGCCGGUUAUUAUCGGAUUAUUAUCGUCUGGUUCGGUAUCUGCUAAAGAAAAAGCCGCUAAUUGUAUCGCAAUUCUCGCUUCGUCUAGCGAGUAUUUUAGAGGUGCUAUAAUUGAAGAAAAAGGAUUACCGAAGCUCUUGCAAUUGAUUCAUCAAUCUUCCAAUCCCGAUACGUUGGAACACGUGUUACGUGGGGUGUAUUCGUUAUCGCGGUCUGAUUCGGUGUCUAGAAUGUUAUCUGCAUCGUCUAGUUUUAUAACACAAAUGUGUGGUUUAAUUAAGCAAGGGAAUUUCACAUUACAGCAACUCGGGGUGUUGAUAUUAGCUAAAUUAUCGAUAACCGAUGGAAAUAAGCGUUUGAUUGGUGGAUGUAUGGGAGCUAUAAUGAAACUAAUGGAAUUCGAUAAGCCGGUCGGUUUACAGGAUUCCGGUUUAAAGUUGUUGGUUAGUUUGUUGACAGUUAAGUGUAACAGGAAAGAAUUUGUGAAGGAUGACAAGAUCAUGAUGAGAUUGAUUACAAUGAUGGAUCCAGUUAAUGAUGCCGUGUCGAAAAACAUUCCGGUGACAAUUGUGAAUUCUUUAAUGGCUGGUGGGAGCAACGGUUGCCGAAAACGGCUUGUGGAUGCCGGUACACAAGGGUACUUACAAAGGCUGAAUGAAAUGGAAGUUGCCGGAGCUAAAAAGGCUUUGCACAGACUUUCUGGUAACCGGCUCAAGAAUAUAUUUACCAGGACUUGGAGGGAAUAAUAAUAAAAGGUUUCUAACCCCGCCAACAAAACAUGGAAGCUUGGUUUGGACUCAUCUAACUACCGUUCUUGUUAAAGAAGCCAACUACCAAACACAUGUUGGUAAUACUCUACUUUAUAUAUGCUGUCUUAAUAUUGAAAAGGAAAAAAAAAAUUCACAAAAAAUGGAUUUAAUUUUUAUAUAACAACGGUAUGGAUGCGUUUUUUUAGGGAGUAUCCUCGUUUUUUCUUUUUUAAUAUUUUUUUUAGUUAAGUGAUUAUGGUUUUUUUUAAUGUACAUUAGAUGAGGCAUACUUGUUUUUAGUGUAGUGGCCAAAUCUUUAGUUAGGAAGUGUGAAUGUAAGUUUGUUUUAUAUUUUAAUAUAAUACAAAACUCUUUGUAUUUA